AUGCCCCGACUCUACAUUAUUGUGCAAUGCUUUGUCCCCUCCGCGCCCCAAAUACCACCUUUGGGUGCCUCACCUGGGUCCAGCCUCGGGCACACAGGACAAGCGGAGGAUGAAUGCGGCCAUGCAGCGCUUUCCAGCAAGGCAGAGGAGGAAGAUCCAGACUCAGAAAACGAGAAGCUGGUGAUGAGAGAGCCAGAGGAUGAGGAUGCUGCAGAUGAGACAUUCUCUUUUAAAUACAGUCCUGGAAAGCUGAGGGGAAACCAGUACAAGUCAAUGAUGACCAAAGAAGAACUUGAGGAAGAACAAAGGGUUCAGAGAGAGCAGCUGGCUGCCAUCUUCAGGCUCAUGAAGGAAAAAAGUGACACAUUUGGAGAGAUGUCUGAACGAGACAUGAAGGAGCAGCUUAGGCUGUAUGAUAUAUAACCUUACAGCCAGUGGAGACUAUGCCCAAAAGUCAUCUUGGCCCUUAUUAUGCAGCCCACUGGAGACUGUAGUGCUAUAAACAUGUUUUGGUAGUUAUUCUGCAGUUCCAGUUUGUUUUGCAAACG